AUGACUUGCGAUUGGGAUCUGUGCAACAAUAGAUCGAUCGAUUUCCUGAGAGAAAAGCAAGUCACUUGUUAUUACAGCGAAAAUAGUUCUGAACUGAUCACUGCCCAACAAUGCAUCGGACAAGCAUGCUUACAAAUCAUAAAUCAAUCGGAUGGAUCACUUUUUCGUCGCGGUUGUUUCUUCCAAGAUUGGCGAUUUGCGGAAGGGAGAAUUGAGACGGGAAUCUACACAUUGCCAAACUGGAUAACAAUAUCGAUUUGCGCAGAGGAUUACUGUAACAAAGACAUAGAAACAGUGAACAAAUCGUUGCUUGAUUGUAUCCCGAAAUAUCCGCCUUUCACUCCAUACGAAUACAGUCUAUUGAACAGAAAUUUGUCUUGGAACGAAAAAUUGAUAGUUAACAAAUUGCCUAAAGAUUACACGAUGACUUGUGCAAUGGAAAAACGAGCUUAUUCAUUGAUUUUUUCUUUCUUUUCAUUAAAGCUUUUCAAUUAUAAAUAC